ACUACCAAGCCAUCAACGACCACAGAAAUAACAACUCAAGCGGUUACACUUCCGUCCACUACCGUUGUCCAACAGUCGUCAAUUGAGGAGCCAACUACACAUUUGGCUGCAGUAUGGAAGAAACCCACCGAAGAAGAUUAUGUGGUUGUUCAGCCAGUGAGAGAUAUCAACAAUCCAGAAUUACUUGACAGAAAAGGUCAGUCAUCGAUGGUACAUGUGCCAAAGGAUGCAGACUACAUGGCUUUCGAGAAUGAGCAAGUUGAUUUGACGAGCACAGAAGUGAUGCCAUUAGCAGAAACUGUUCUUCCUUCAUUGAAAGGUGAAGAAGACAAGAGCCUAAGCAGGAGACUGCAGCAAAAGUUGGACAAUUUACAAAUGAUUCUAUUAACAGAGCAGUUGAAAAAGAAGCACCCAGAUAGGUUUGCUGAAUAUCUCGCAGGAAAAGUGAAGAACUCGUUCCCCAUAACCAGGGAAGAAACAGCAACGGCCGAAGCUGAAGUUCUUGACGCUGAAGUUGUAGAAGCUGUGGCUCUCGUCACACCUUCUAAACCAAAAACUCAAAGAGCGCAAUUUUUUGCAAAACGAAUCAACUUUUCCGAUAAUAAUCUAUUUGUAAGAAAACCAGUGGAAAGCAGAGAAAUUGACAUAAGAAGGCAGGAGCAGAAAAAACCCAAGCAAGUAACUUUGGACGGGUCCGCGUCGUUUGCGAAUAAAGCUCGCUUUUUCCUGAAUAAUAUCAACAGCAAAAGUAGCUCGGAUCAACUGGUUGACGGUGAUCACAAGCAGAUUAAUCACUCAGCUGAAGUAGCAGCAUCGCCAAAAGGCUGCUCCACUGGCCAUGUUCCCGUAUGGCUUAGCUUCGGGAAUACUGUUGGUAGCGAGUUUAUCGAUAGCACCUUUGUCAAUGACUUGAAAACUUGCAAAGGCUUAUGCGCGGAUGAGAGCUGCCACUCCUUCACGUAUUUUAACGAUGCACAGUGCAUGAUUAAUGUCGAAGACGGUGGUGUUCACUUAAGGAGGCCUCCACGUGAUCAACAUGGUACACGAACUGAUCUCAAGUUCUGCUAUCCAGGUAAUAUUGAGGCCUACCACGACUGCGCUACAUUUGUUGCAUCCCGUGAUCAUACCCUCACUGUAAAUAUUAAUUUGAAAAGUUAUCCUCUGUCUCUUCUAAAAUUCAUUCUAUAG